AUGGCAGCUGAGCUGACCUCCAUCAAACUGAACCCAGAGAGCCAUCUCAUUCUGGAUCAACCCCUCCUCCGCCUUCCACACGAACUAGCUCGACGCAACUUCAAAGCUGUACAGCGAGCAGUAGAACGAGAAAAGGAAUAUGUUCUUCCCGCCCUGAAAGAGGCAGCAAAUGCCUCGCUCUCCAACACGCAGACCCCCGACCAGACCUUGGCCGCUCUAGAUGCAAUGAUCUCCCGCAUGCAAGGACUGAAGCGGAAGAUGCUCAGUCUCCAAGAGGAAGAGAAGAGGAUCCAGAAUCAGUCAAAGAAACGAAUUCAGCAUCUUGAGGCCCUGUAUCAGAUCCCCAGCUUGGCAGAUGUCAAGUAUGAUCAAUGGUCGCGUGUGCGACUCGAUCGGUUAUUGGUGGACCAUCUGCUCCGGUCGGGAUACUCGGAAAGUGCCAGACAAUUGGCCCAAGAGCGAGAUAUUGAGGAUUUGGUGGAUCUGGAUGUGUUCACGCAGUGCCAGCGCAUUGUGGAGAGCUUGCAGCGGGGCGAUACCAAGGAGGCAUUGCAGUGGUGCGGGGAAAACAAGGCGGCUUUGAAGAAGAGUCAGCAUAAUCUUGAAUUUGAACUUCGGCUGCAACAAUACAUUGAAUUGGUCCGAACGGAGGACCCAAUGAAGAAGAUCGAGGCAAUCAACCAUGCGAGAAAAUACCUCGUCCCCAAUUCCGAACCAGAUAGCAAGCAAAUUGAGCGGGCAGCGGGCAUGCUGGUCUUUGCCCAAGACACAAGAGCGGAACCUUACAAGACUUUCUUUUCACCGGAUCGAUGGAAGUUCCUGGCGGAUCUGUUUAUUCAAACUCAUCACGAAUUACUUUCUCUGCCAUCACAGCCACUCCUCCACAUUGCCCUCUCUGGCGGUCUCUCGGCGCUCAAGACUCCACUGUGUCACUCCGCCUACACAUCCUCCAGCUCCAACUCGCAGUCCACGACGACCUCUGUCUGUCCCAUCUGCUCGACCGAGUUGAAUGAGCUGGCGCGGAGAAUGCCGUAUGCGCAUCAUUCCAAGAGCUAUGUGGAGAGUGAUCCGAUCGUACUCCCCAAUGGCCGCAUCUACGGCAAAGAGACUCUUGACGAUUAG